UCAUGUUCCUGCGUGAAACUCGGUUUGAUCUGGAUAUACUGUUUCAAUUUGAACGAUGCCAGCGUGAAUGAGCUGGAGAUGCAAAGGCGCUAACUGAAAGCGGCAACCGUGUCCGAGCACGCGGCGUGAGCCGGACGUCGCCCGACACGGUUUAUCGGGAUCCGACACAAAGACCACGGGGGGAACAGCCAGCAGCUCGACAAGGAAGACAAUUUGGAUGUUUGGAAAAUCCAGACAGCAUGUCGACAUCACAGGAGAACAUGUUCAGGCUGAAUGAGAGACCAGAAGCUGAGCCUCGUCCGAGGAAGAGGCGCCGACGGACCAUGGCGUGCACCCAGUGUCGGAGCAGGAAGCUCAAAUGCGAUCGGGAAUAUCCGACGUGUGGCCGGUGCAAGAAAAGCAAAACACCUAUUAAAUGCACCUACGAAGACGGGUUUCUGUGGCAGCAGCCAAACACAAUAAUUCCUUCGUCUGGUUUCCAAGAACGAGGGAGCACGGGCGCUGAUGCGUCCCACUCGUCGUAUGUCGCGGCGCAGCGACUUACAUCGUCCCCAGACUCGGAGAUAGGCACCGCUCCACGGCAGUCUGGGUUGCCAGAAAAGAGAUCUUGUAAGGAGAAACGAGAUGGCUUCCUCGAAACUGUUCUCGGACAGACCAUCCCGCCUGCUCCUCGACAGCAGAAAGAUGACGCUGCAGAGCUCCCACGGUCGACGACAGCAUCUCGUCCUACGGCGAACUCCGCUGAUGGUACUGGGAUGCUCGGAGUUAUGUCCGCUUCUCAGCCAUUGAACAUGGAGAACAGAGUAAUGGCGCGAGGAAAAGAGACUCGGACGCGCUUUAACGGCGGUGGGAUCUUUGCAAAUCUCAUGGUCCAGUUCUCCGAAUUGAGAAAUUUUGUCGAGGGGAUAAAGGCCGCUAACCCAAACCUGGUUCGGUUGCGACAGGAUAUAGAGACCCUGAAGAGAGGUCACCACAAGAAGAAGCUGAAUCAACCGUUGCUCAUGCCCGAUGUACCAACGCUGGUAGCCAUGCUGCCUUCUCGAGACGUCGUUGAGGAGUUGGUAGAUGUAUACUGCACGUAUAUCGAGUCCACGCACCGCAUCCUGCACAUGCCAUCCUUCCGACGCGAGAUCGAUGACUUCUGGGAGAAGAGAUCAAACCCGAGUUUAAUCUCCGCGCCUUUCCUGGUCCAGCUUAUGCUGGUGCUAGCCUGUGCUUGGAACUUGGCGGAUCCGGAUCGGCUGUCAGAGGUUGGCGCAGCUAACACCAAACGAUAUACUGCCAUCGACUAUAUCGUACAGGCUGACAAUUGGCUCGAGACUGUGCAUGUGAAACGGCCGGAUGUCGUUAUUCUUCGUAUCCACUGCCUUCUCCUCAUAGCCAAGAACAACCAAGGCAUCAAGCGCAGCCGAGCGUGGCUGACCACUGGAAGCCUGGUGAAAAUGGCGAUGUUGGCUGGCUAUCACCGUGACCCCGAUCAGUGGACUGGGAUUACCGUGUUCAACAAGGAAAUGCGAAGGAGGAUCUGGUCGACCAUCCUAGAGCUGGAUCUACAAGUUUCGAUUGAUCGCGGGAUGCCUCCAACAUUGCAGGCCUCAGACUACGAUACGUGUCCUGCAGCAAACAUAAACGAUGAGGAGCUGAGCGCAGACAGCACUGAGCUGCCACCGGAAAGACCCCUUACAGAGCCAACAGAUACUUCAUUCCAUGCCUUCUUGAGCCAGUCCCUGCCGCUCCGACUCAAGGCAUGUGCCUUGAUGAACGGUCCAAGAAUUACAUGUAGCUAUGAAGACAUCCAAAGGAUCGACUGCGAAUUCACCCGUGUCUUGUCAUCUAUACCCAGCUGGUCGAUUCCGGACCCGAUGGAUCAAAAAAUGGUCCAGAAGACCAUGCUUUGGACAGCUCUGCUUGAAACUAAGUUAUGCCAGUUCCUUCUGGCCAUUCAUACCCCGUUUGCAAUCGACGCUCACAGGGAGCCCAUGUUCGUACCUUCGUCUCGCACUCGGUUGGAGGUAGCAAUGACCAUGCUAUCGAGACAACAGCUCCUGUACGAGACGUCCACUCAACUAUCAUUAUGUCACCUUACGGAUUCCAUCCCGCAAGCUUGUCUGUCUGUAUGCCAUCAUUUAUACACCACAAACUCGGGAUACACCUCCGUAUUAGCUCGUCAGAUAGUACCUGCAAUCACCGGUUCACUUCUUGGCCUUGUCGAUAAGACGCUGGAUGCCUUGGAGAGCAAGGCGCGUGUCGUCGUCAAGGGCGCAAAAUACUUUUUCUUCACCAACAUGAUCCGCGCACUUGUGAAAUCCAAGUUAUGGCCGAAUGAAACCGAGCUGUACAAGAAGCAGGCAGUCGACCGCAUAGCCACCUUUGCAUGUAAUCUCCUCUCUCGACACACCGAUACCCGUCACGAUAAAUCGAAUCAGACCCAUGAACUCACCCCUGGCUCUAGUUCCGACCCGUGCGGUACUAAUUUUGACGGCAUAUUGCCGCAGUCGAUGGACUUUUCUUUCACUCCCCCGGGCGAUUUCGAUGCCUUUCUCGACGCGUUCAACUGGGAAGACAUGGCUGCGUUCGCGUAUCCGGAAAAUCCAAUUCUGUAAAACUAAGAGCGAUUUAACAGUGUUUUUGGAGUUUGGUUGUUCUAUUCUCUGUUUCGGGGAUUUUUUUUAACAGGGUUUAUUUUCCCGGGGUAGUGUUUUGAAGGGCGACCCAACACGACGGAAGCGACAUAUGAGAGAUUUGUGCAUGAAUUUCAAUCUUCAC